CCUCUCCCUCCCCCUCUGUCUCUCCCCCUCCCUCCCCCUGCUCCUCUUCCCCCGCUCCGCACAGCCCGAGCCAUCACCAUGUCGGCAGUCGCUCUUUCUACUUCGCAAUCCACGGUGGCCUUCAAUGAGCCGCUGGACCUGCUGACGCUGGCGCUAGAUGAGCGCGUUCGCAUCCGUCUGCGCGGCGGGCGCGAGCUCCGUGGACGCCUGCAGGCGUACGACUUCCACCUCAACUGCAUCCUCAGCGAUGUGGAGGAGACCGUCACUGAGAUCAUCUACUCGGAAGAGGACCCGACCGUGGUUGUGUCGCAGAAGACCAUCAAAAACUCCUACAGCCUGAUCUACGUCCGCGGUGACAGUGUGGUCGUGGUCUUCCCGCAGGGCGCCGAGUCGGAGCCCACUGGUUCGGUGGUCGCCGACGCCGAGUAGGGCGGCACGCCCUCGCUCCCCCUUGCCGCCCGGUGCGCCCCCUACUUCGUCGCCACCAGGCAGGGGCAUCGGCCUCUGCCCUCCUCCUCUCCCCUGUCGGCGGCGCCGGUUGUCUCUGCCCCCCCCCCCCCC